UGAAUUCUUCAGAGCUGACACAGUCACGACAAACCUGAUGCAGUCGGAGGUUUGGGGGUUCCGUCUGUCACUCACAAAAACAAACCAAGGAUAACUUAUGACACCAGGUCACACGAUUUCAGUUCCUGGAUGAUAGAUCCAAGCCGGAUCUCUAAAAAGGGCAGGGACUGGCAAAAAGGACGACAACACCGGAAUGAGGAAAUUGACGAAGGCAGGCCAUGUGCAAAACAAAGUUGUUCAUUGCUGAUAACCAUACAACCUGAUGAGCCAUAGGUCACUCCAGUCAAGUCUCCCAGAGGUGAUCUGCUCCUCUGUCUCUACCCGAACGAAGACGACAGCCGUCCACACGCUCCCCGCACUCUCGUUGCAUCCAGUGAUGUCUUUUCUCCUCAUCACAGUGCUCUCUUCACUUAUGGUGCAAGAUGCUGAGGCGUGGAGCGCCAAUGUAAAGUACGCGGUGAACUGCCCCGACAGAUGUAACGCGGAGCGGUGUGGUGGGACACAGCGGUGCGCACGGACCGUGCUGGAUGACUGCGGCUGUUGCCAGGUCUGUGCAGCCGGCAGAGGGGAGCACUGUUACCGCACAGUGUCGGGGAUGCAUGGGGUGAAGUGCGGACCAGGAUUAUUCUGCGAGUUCUACAAGGACGAAGACGAUUAUGGAGACGAAUAUGGGAUUUGCAAAGAUUGCCUGUAUGGAACCUAUGGGGUCGAGUGCCGCAAGACAUGCAACUGCAAAGGAGGCAUUUGUGACAGGGAGACAGGAUCUUGUCUCAACCUCAAAUUCUUUGCCAAAAUUGCCAGCAAGCUCAAGUCUGAGCCACAAGCAGGGGGAGAAGUGGGCUCAGGAGAAGUCAGCACUGUCCAGAACACAGAUCAACACACAAACAGACCCACUGCACCAAAGCGGCUCAACCCACGCUAAUUAUAAGGACUGAAUCUUUAUCAGUGUAAAUAUAGCAUUAUAACUUAUAAAUGAACUGAAAGAUAUAUUUUAUUAUGUUAAAAGAUGCAGACUUUUUACAGCAUUCAAAAAGUUUUUUUGUUUGUUUGUUUGGUCCUUGUUUGACACAUCAUCUUUUCUAAAGAAAUAUGCAGAACAAGUUAUUAUCGUCAAAUCUUCCUUUUCUGUUGUUUAUUGUAGAGUAUAUAAACUAAAAUGUUCUGGUUUCCAUUAGUGUUAUAGCAUACACUCCAUUCUUUCAUUUAGCAUGCCUUCAUACAUUAUUGUUGAAGAAAUGAAAGUUAAUGUCACAAGAAAGGACUGUGCUUUUAUUUUCAAACUGGUUAUAAGAAUAUGUUUCAAUGUUUCAUUGUAUUCCCUUAAAGUUA